ACUAAAUCGUAAUUAGAUCAGCUGUAUGGAUUCUAAACUUCCGGUGACGCCAUGUUUAUGGUAUGACGAUUGACGAGACGGAGCUAGUGUCAAAAUUCCGAUGAAGAAAAACAUUUUUACAAUUUUAACUGAUUAAUUACAUCUAUUAUUAGCUAAAAUUUGUGACGAUUUAGUUUUCACACCUUGAAAGAUGACUACAGAUAUUAAUUUAGGUUCUGUCAACUUGAAAUGGGAUCCAAAAAAUUUAGAAAUUCGGACGAGAACUGUAGAAAAAACUCUUGAACCAUUAGUUAUACAGCUUUUGAAUCCAAUAAAGGUUACUACUCUUGUAAAUACAAAAGGCCCGUCGAAGAAAAAGAAAGGACGGUCUAAGAGAGCUCAUAUACUUGUUGCAGCUGUAGAAAAAGCUACUGAGAAUUUUAUAACUAAAGGUGAAGAAAUUGCUCAUGAAAAUCCUGAUAUUCAACCAGAAAUGUUGCUAGCUGUAGAUGAAGUGAAAAAAACUGGCGAAAUAAUGAGCAAAGCUUCGAGAGAGUUUGCUGAAGAUCCUUGUUCUUCUGUAAAACGAGGUACCAUGGUGAGAGCUGCCAGAAAUCUCCUUUGUGCAGUUACACGUUUAUUGAUAUUAGCUGACAUGGUGGAUGUUCAUAGACUUUUAAAAUCUUUGAGAUCUGUUGAAGAUGAUUUAGACAAGGUAAAAAAUGCAUCGAGUCAACCUGAGCUUAUGAAGUCAUUUCAAGACUUUGGUAAAAACACUGCUGAACUUAUUCAACAAGCAGCUAAACGACAAGCUGAACUGAAAGAUCCAAGAUUAAGAGAUGAUCUUGCUGCAGCCAGGGCUGUAUUAAAAAAGAACAGUAUGAUGCUCUUAACUGCUUCUAAAGUGUAUGUACGCCAUCCUGAAUUGUCAGCUGCUAAAGAAAAUCGUGAUUAUAUAUUUCGUCAAGUCUGUGAGGCUGUUAAUACCAUUAGUGACGUUGCUCAAGGUAAAUCCACUAGUGGCGCUUUAGGACAACCUCCAUAUGAUGGUCCUGGUGAAUUAGCUGCAGCUUUAGAUGAAUUUGAUGAACGAAUCCUUAUGGAUCCCUUGAUUUACAACGAAGUUCGUACACGCCCUGCUUUGGAAGAAAGACUUGAAAGUAUCAUAAGUGGUGCUGCAUUGAUGGCAGAUUCAUCAUGUACUAGAGAUGAACAUAGAGAACGAAUUGUCGGUGAAUGUAAUGCAGUGCGUCAAGCUUUGCAAGAUUUGUUGUCAGAGUAUAUGAAGAAUGCUGGCAGAAAAGAUAUGUCUGAUCCUUUAGAUAAAGCUAUUGAUCAUAUGACUCGUAAAACUAAGGAUUUACGACGCCAAUUACGCAAAGCAGUUGUUGAUCAUGUUUCAGACUCUUUCCUCGAAACAAACGUCCCACUUUUGGUUUUGAUAGAAGCUGCUAAAAAUGGAAAUGAGAGAGAAGUUGAACAAUACUCUCAAGUAUUCACAGAACAUGCAAAUAAACUUGUGGAAGUUGCUAAUUUGGCAUGUUCAAUGUCUAACAACGAAGAUGGAGUUAAGAUGGUCCGCUUUGCUGCUGCUCAAAUUAGUAAUCUCUGUCCUCAGGUAAUUAAUGCAGCUCGUAUAUUGGCUGCUCGUCCACGUUCAAAAGUGGCCCAAGAAAAUAUGGAUGCUUUUAAAGAAGCUUGGGAAAAUCAAGUUCGAAUUCUUACUGAAGCUGUGGAUGACAUCACCACAAUCGAUGACUUCUUAGCAGUUUCAGAGAACCACAUUCUGGAAGAUGUGAAUAAAUGUGUUCUUGCUCUACAAGAGGGUGAUGCUGAUACAUUAGACAGAACUGCCGGGGCCAUCCGUGGACGAUCUGCUCGAGUUUGCAAUGUUGUUGCAGCUGAAAUGGAUAAUUAUGAACCUGGCAUCUAUACAGAAGGUGUUUUAAAAGCUGUAGCAGUUCUUAGGGAUCAAGUAAUGCCUAACUUUGCUUCACGCGUUGAAGUGGCAGUGGAGGCUUUAAGCUCUAAUCCCUCAAAAGAAGUUGAUGAAAAUGAAUUUAUCGAUGCAUCUCGUCUUGUCUAUGAUGGAGUUAGGGAUAUUAGAAGAGCUGUUUUGAUGAAUAGAACAGCUGAAGAAUUGGAUUCAGAGACUGAAAUUGAGUUUGAAGCUAACACUUCAGAAACAAAAAGCAAAUCUAGCGCUCAUACCGAUUUCGAUGAGUAUCCUGAAAUUAGUGGCAUUAACAACACAAGAGAUGCUUAUCGUUAUAUAUCUGAAGAAGACAAGCAGAAGAUUGCUGCUCAAGUUGAAAAUUUCCGUACUGAAAAGAGUAAAUUCGAUCGAGAAGUUGCCAAGUGGGAUGAUACUGGAAAUGAUGUUAUUGUUUUAGCAAAACAAAUGUGUAUGAUUAUGAUGGAAAUGACAGAUUUUACAAGGGGAAAAGGUCCUCUAAAGACUACCAUGGAUGUAAUAAAUGCUGCUAAAAAAAUAUCCGAAUAUGGUACAAAAUUAGAUAAGCUGGCUAGACAAAUUGCUGACCAGUGCCCAGAAUCAAGUACUAAAAAAGAUUUAUUGGCCUAUUUGCAAAGAAUAGCUUUAUAUUGUCACCAAUUGAACAUUACGAGUAAAGUUAAAGCAGAUGUUCAAAAUAUAUCUGGUAGCCUUAUUGUUUCUGGUCUUGAUAGUGCCACUUCAUUGAUUCAAGCUGCUAAGAACUUAAUGAAUGCUGUCGUCCUUACUGUUAAAGCCUCAUAUGUUGCUUCUACAAAGUAUCCAAGAAGUGUUCAAGUAGCUACGGCCCAAGGAAAGUCUCCUAUUGUGGUGUGGAAAAUGAAAGCUCCAGAAAAGAAGCCUCUGGUCCGUCGCGAAAAACCUGAAGAAGUUAGAGCUAAAGUACGUAAGGGAUCUCAAAAGAAGCACAUUGCUCCAAUUAAAGCAUUGAGUGAAUUCCAAAGUCCAGCUGAAAGUGUGUGAUUGCCAUUAUAAACUCUUUUACAAGUAACCAGUGCCUAUGGCCAAAGUUAGGAACUGCCCAAGGAUUGGGAGGAGAAAUUGGACAUUUUUCCAUUACCUCUAGUGUCUUUCCACUUUUGCCCUAUCAAAUCAAAGAGAAAAGACUUAUCUCUGUUUGAAGUUUUAGAGUUUGUUUGAAGCGCAAAAGAAAAAACAAACUAAUAUUUUUAAUUUUUGAGUCUCGCUUUUUUUUUUUAUCAGCCUUUCUAUUUGGUGGCCUUUGUCUAUGAAUAUCUCUUAAGAGCCUGGAGUUUUAAGUUUGUUUGGGAUUUCAUUGAGCGUUCACUAUGUUCUUGAUUUGUUUGUUACUUACAAUGUUUUAGCUUUAAAGUUUCAAUGGGAAAGCAGUAGUUGUUAGCUAGGCAAUUUCAGUACUACUUUGCCUAAGAAGCUUGAUGAUGAAAGAUUUAAAACUUAAAAAAAAAAAAAUUUUUUAAAACCAAAAGAAAGAAGAAAAACUUUACAAAAAAUUAGCGAUGAGAAAGUACUAUUUUUUUCCACUUAAACUAUUAACUUAAUACUACUUCUAAAGACUUCAUAACAAAGCAGUAAUAAAAAUAAAAAUUAAGAAUAAGUCCCAUGUAUCCAUCAUUAUAUAUAUGUGUGAAUGUGCUAUAAUUAUCAAAUGAUCUUUUUUUUCCAUUUAAAAUCUUGUCUUUUCAUUUUACUUUAAUUAAAAACUAAAUCUAAUAUAAAGGAAAUAAGAUAAGCUCAUAUUAAAAGAAAUGUCAAUAUUUAGAAAACACUGGCUCUUAAUUUUAGCAUUCGUUAUCGUAGCUUUUCUUUCAUUCUAAUCUUGCUUUUUUUUAACAAUUUAAAUUUAUAAACAAAGCAGAAAAAAUUAGCUUUACUUAUAAUAAAAGGAAUGUGAAUGUGUAGAUAAAAAUUUUAGAUAGUGACCAUUUGAAAUGAAAACUCAUAAUCCGAGAGCCAACAACUUUUCUUAGUUUACUCCAUCUGGGAUGCAUUCUUAAACUACAAAUACAUAAAUUGCAGUUUCCUGGGAAUAUUCUGGUACCUUAUCUUCCUGAGUGAUUAUCCAUUAAAAUGUAUAACAGCAAUGUGUUUAGGGUCAAAAAUGCAUGCCAGGUGGCGUGUCUGGAUGUUUAGGUUUUGGGAUCUUGGCCAUAAUUCUAGAAUAAUUCUUAAUUCAUCAAUAUUUGAGGUGGGAAGUGAACGGGCUCUAGUAAGAUUUUCGUAGGCUGUGGUACUUAUGUUACAAUGUGGUUAGUACAUUUUUUAUAUUUCUGAAUUUUAUAUACAUUUUAUAUAUUUAUACAUUACUUUUAGAGUUUUAAUAUAUGCUUUGACAUAGGGAUUGCAUUCCUUUUCUCCUCAGGCAACUGUUUUAUUAUUUAUUUGGUGGCAUUUACAUACUUCUUUCUCCACCUUUUUUGAAAACUAGUGUAUAUCUUGUGAUGUGUUUCUCAUGCGAUUUGGUAUGUGUGUAUUUUCUAUUGCUUCGAAAUUUAAAAUCAUGUAUUAUGAAUAAUGUAGGUAAUUGUAAUAAAUAGCAAUAAAAUGGUGUAUUAAUUAAUCUGAGUGGUAGGUUUUGUUUGAUAAUAAAAAAAUGAAACAAAAUUGCUUGUUGUAACGCGGGAGUUUUGUAAAGAAAAAAAUAUCUCUAAUUGAAUGAAAUUAGAUUUUAAAAUAUUACACCAUUUGUGGAUGAAUUUAUUUUGAGAAAUCUUUGCUUUUUGUAUAUUUUUAUAGUUUACUUUCUUGUUUAAAAAUAUUAUAGCGCUUUAUGAGUAUAUUGUGCGGUAAUAUUUUUGUUUAUUUGAUUUUUAUAUUUUAUAAAAAAAUAUAUCUAUCUUGUUUAUUUUGACUUUGUAUAUUUAUAAACAAUUAGUCUCAGUAAUUUGUUGAAAGUUCGCCUGUAUGAAAUAAACAUUGUGUAAAAGUA